AUGAGACGGACACCGGUGCCGCCGGCACGGCCCAGGGGCCGCGCGUCCGUGACCCCCAGCACGCCGCCGCGGGCCUUGGCCCCCGGGGAAGGGCUCGGUGCGCCGGUGCUGGUGCGGGCGUUGUGGGCCUGGGGACCAGACCGGCAGCCCCCUCGCCAGGGCUCGGCGGGGAACCGGCUCUCCUCGCCGGAGCGGCACCGUUUAUUAUUAAACCACGCCGUGGGCGCCUGUCCUGAGUGCCAAUCAAUGAGCAAAUGCAAUUCGGGCAAGGGCGCGGGGCCGGCGGUCCUGCGGAGCACAGCACCAGCGGAGCCGGCGCCGUCCCCGCCGCGCCGUGACCCGGGAGCUCGGCCGCCCCCCGCCGGCGCUCGGCCGGGGACUCCCCCUCCGCGUCCCAAGGGUCCGCAACUUCCCCCCAACUUUUCCCCGGUCAACGGCGGCGCUCAGGGCCGGUCGCAAGGCCGGGCGGGCAGGUCCCCCGCUGGGGCCGGACGCCAGCCUUUCAACCCCGAGACCGCCCUCGCUGGAAGGGAACACGAGCGCCCCGAAGCACAUCGGCCCGAGAAGCCUGGUCUUCCCCAAACUUUGGAGCCCAGGGGCCUGGGGGCCCGCGCAUCCGCUCUGCCCGGCGGCUCCAGGAGGGACCUCCCGACCUACCUGGACCCGCGGCCUCCGCGCGCCCUUCCCGCUGCGCGCCGGCCCCGCCAGCCGGGCUGUGUGUGUCUGCCGCCGCCGCGGUCCUGCUGCCGGCGUCUCGGCCGCUCCUCGCGGCUGGGGGCGGGGCCGCGGUGGAGAGCUGGGGGAGGGCUCGCGGAGCAGCUGAUGAGCAGCCAACCCGGCCCGGCGCCCACGCCCCGCCUCCGCCCCCGUGCGCCCACGACCCUCGUGCUCCUACGUCGCCUGUGCACCCACGCCCAGCGCCCCGCGCCCACGCCCCGCCAGAACACACGCCCCCUGCGCGCCCCGCCCCCGUGCUCCCACGCCCCACCGGAUCCCUUGCCCCACGCGGCUCAUGCGGGGCCACGCUCCGCGUCCCGCGUGCCCGUGUCCUGCGGGCCCCCGCGCUUCCCGUGCCCACGCCCCACCACCGACGCCCCACGCCGCGCCAAAGCUCUGCGAGCCCGAGUGUGUCUGGCCUGCAGGGCCCGAGGUGGUGGCGCUGGAGGGCCCAGGGCAGCGUGUCGCCGCCGGGAGGCCUCCGGCGCGCACAGCUGUCCAGGGAGCGCGGGGGUUAAAGGCGGGGAUGGCACCCAGCCGCGCGCGGGGACCGCAGUAGCCGGCGGCGUGUUCCGGAAGGCACGGAGACACGACCUGCAGACCGCGCGCCAGCUGCGCGCCGAGCGGGCGCCCUGA